AUGACCGAUGGAGCACGGUAUUGGGACACGGACCCAACAAUGGCAACAACAUUAGUUUGUGCAUCUAUGGACAAUAGCAAUUUCUUCAGACUCACCCGUGGAAUUACUUUACACGAGCCUCUGGGUCUUCAAUCAGCUGACAACACAUUGACGGCAAUCCCACCUCGUAACAAGCCUUUAACUUCUGUGGAGCACGAAAUCCUAGGGCAGCUCGAUUCCAAGGUCUUCAAUAUUUCUACACCUAUCAAUAUAGAUGUAUUCACUUGUCUGAUGGCCAGUCACCAAAUCGGCCUUUCAUCUCCUACUUAA